GCGCCGCUAUCCACAUAUGAUUUGAAAUUGAAAUUUGUUAAAGCUUGGUUAAAGCGAGACUGAAUAGCUAGGAGCGAUUUUUAUUCAUAAAAAUAAGUACAGUUCAAAAGAAGUUAGUGUAGCUUUGUGAGCUAUAGGAUUUUAAAAGUACUUACUUAAAGAAAAUGGGCAAAGACGACAAAGAAGACUCUGGCUUCGGGUUCAAAGACAAAGCGAAAGCCGAGGAGACGCUGCGGCUACUGGAACAGCACGACUUGAACUACCGCCGGCUUACCGUCAGAGGGCUCCUCGGGAGGGCCAAAAGGGUACUAUCUAUGACCAAAGCUGAAGAUAAAAUAAAGAAUAUAAAAGAGGCGAUGGAAGUGUUUGAGAACUGGCUUGCAGACCUUAACAAGGACAAGACUGAUGAUAAGAAGAAACCAGAGAAGAAGGAACAGAAAGAAGAAAAGAAUGGUGAUGAUAAGGAGGACACCUUCAAGGAAUCAAGUUCAGACGAGGAGAUGGAAGAACAACCCAAAGAGAAGAAGGAUCAACCAGCAGACACCGUGCCGGGCCUCGGGUUCAAAGACAAGGAGGCUGCAGACAACACCAUUAAGGAGCUGGAGGGACGCGACCCUGAUUACCAGAAGUUGGCUGUCAAAGGACUGAUUGGCAGAGCGAAGAGAGUUCUCACUUGUACUCGCGACGAAACUAAGCUGUCCAACAUAAAAGAAGCGAUUUCGAUCUUCGAGAAGUUUCUGGACGACUUCGAUUCUUUACACCUGAGCAAACAGAACAACCCUUACCUCAGUUUGGGUAUUGUCAGGACUGCUGUGAAGUUAGCUGGGGACCACGUCACAGACCAACAGGAAUCGUUUAUAGCUGCUUACGCGUCAGCCAACGGCGAAUACAAGCGGCUGCGCACCGUCAAGGCGGAGGACAAGACCUGGGACAUUGUCAGGAACACUGCGCUCAAACAGUUGAAAGAGAAGUAUGCCGACGCAAAACUCUUCAAUGAAAAAGACGAACCAACUCCUGAACACUUAGAGCUGCUCCUCUGGGCGUACUCGCCCGAACCAGCCAGGGUCAAGAAACUGGUUCCCGAAACUAAAGAAGAAAAAGAAGAAAACAAGGAAAGUAGAAAGCGGAGAAGCAGCGCAAACGAGGAAGAAUCGAGUAAGAAGAAAAAGGAGUGAUUGUUUCUUUGUUAUUGAAUAAAAUGUUUUUGGUAAC